UCAAACCGGAAGUUUGAGUUUCCAUCGAAAGUCAGACAGACUUGUCUGUUGACUAACUGCUUGAUUUUACAAACCAUGUACACCAAAACAGAAAUUGAUUUGGAAAUACUGUCUGAUAAGGUAUUUGGAUUGCUUAGUGCAGAAAUAAAGAUAAUCCCAGCUUUGACAGAGGAAGAAAUACAGAAAGUCGUUGAAGGAUCAGGAAUAACAUUACUGAAGCAAGUUGAAAGUGACAGUUACACAGUUCAUGGCAGCUGGAAAUCACUACAAAGAGCAAGAGAUAUUUUGGAAAAGUUUACAGUCAAACCUGAAACAUCAGCUGCAGAUAAGAAUGGAUCUAGUGAAAUUCCUGUGACUACAAAAUGUGAUGAAGGUGUUGAUUCUCGAGAAAGCGAUGAGGGGAAUGAAAGUCUUGAUGACAAGAGAGGAGAUUCAAGUGACAUGAAUGAUGAAUGUGAAGCAAGCCCUAGUAUGGAAGAACAGAUGGAAACAGAGAUGGAAGAAAAUCCUGACAAAGAGAAAGUUUUUAAAUGUAAAAAAUGCAAAGAAGAGCAUCAGAGCUUAUCUCAAUUGACAGAACACAACCAAAAAGCACACAACUUGUUUACCUGUGAUAUUUGUUUAAAGACCUAUGCAAAGAAACGCUAUGUGCAGCAGCACCGAAAGAGACACACUCAGGAGAAAAAGUUUCAGUGUAGCAUUUGUGGCUUCAAGUUUUUUGAACAGAGCAAAUUGAAAAGUCAUCUUGAGAUCCACAAACCUGUGACAGAGAGGGAGCUGCCAUACAAAUGUAGUAUAUGCAUGAAGCAGUUUCACAACCGCACUGGAUGGACCGAACACAUGAACACACACACUGGCCAAAAACCUCACAAAUGCUCCUUAUGUGGAGCUGAGUUUGCUCAUAGCAGUGCCCUGAAGAGGCAUGAAGCCUCCCAUGAACCUAACCAUCCUAUAAAAUGUGAUUUCUGUGAAAAGAAAUUUAGGUACCCAGACAAAUUGAAAGCUCACAUGAUUCUUCAUACAGGUGAAAAAAAGUAUGCUUGUCAGUGUGGGAAGAUAUACACCACAUCUAACUCCCUGAAGAGACAUCAACAGACAUGUAGCGAUGCUAAUCCAUUAACUCAACAAGUCAGCGUAUACAUGUAUCAAAAUCCAGUGCUGCAAGACAUUGUGUACAUGUGUGGUUUGUGUGAAAAACAGUUUGAUUCUUUAGAGAGUGCCGGGUCCCAUAUUUGUAGUUGUUGUCAAUAGCGUUAUGUCAGAAUGAUACAUUGUUUGUUAUUUAUUAAAUAUUUUAUUUACCAUU